AGCAAGAAAAGGAAGAUGACCAGCUUUCGGAAAUCAGCUGUCAGCUAGAAAUGGAAGAUGACAAAUCUAUGGAGUUCUGGGACCUAGUAUUGGGAGACGAUUGGGAUGAAGUAAUUAAAAAAUACAAUGAAGACAGUAAUUUUCACAAGAUAGAUAUCAAGGGAAGAGGAACAGCAUUACACGUGGCAGUAAGCAUGGGACGACGCGACGACGUAGUGAAAAGUCUUGUAAAAGCAAUAGAAAAGCUUGGUGAUGAAAGUAGUUUGAAAAUGAUGAAUGAAAUAGGUGCUACUCCACUUCAUGUUGCAGCAUAUGCAGGAUUCCUAGAUGUGUGUAAACUUAUAAUUGGAAAAGAAGGUCAAAGGAAAUAUUUGAUUCAAGUGAAAAAUUUUGACGGGGAAACACCACUUUUUUGGGCGGUGAAUGUCCGUCAAAUGUCAGUGUUUCUUUAUCUCCAACAAUUUUAUCGUGUUGAUCUCAAUAUUGCUAUUGAUAACAACUAG